AUGAUGGCUAUUAUGGUUCUUUAGACUAUAAAUGUCUAAAGUGUCCUUAAUAAUGUGGAACCUGUACUAGUGUAUUAUAAUGUACUAAAUGCAAUAUUGGAUAUUUUCUUUAUAAUAAGUAAUGUUUGGACUAAUGCCCAGGAUCAUUUUUUUCUAACCCUAUACUUAAUGAAUGCUCAAAUAAAUGUCCUUAAACAACAUUUAUAUUUUAAAAAUUCAUGUCUUUUUGAAUGUCCAUCUGAAUAUUUAAAUGAUAUGGAAAAUUAUAAAUGUGUGAAGAAUUGUGGAUCAUAAUAAUAUUUAAGUAAAAAGAACUGUUUAAGUUGUGCAAUAGAAUGUGAUUCAUGUACUGGAAGAGGAAAUAAUAAUUGUAUCAAAUGUGCAAGUGGAUUUACAUUAACUGAAGAUGGAAUUUGCUUAGGCAGUUGUAAAGAUGGAUAUUAUAAGUCAGAUAAUUCAUGUCAACAAUGUUUACAUAAAUGCUAAACAUGUGAAAAUGGAACUGAUUGUAAUAAAUGUAGAGGUACUAAUCGAAACCAUGAAGAUUGUUCUUGUUAAAAAGGAUAUUAUGAUGAUGAAUAUUAGGAUGAUUGUAAAAGAUGUCCUUGUGAUGAAUGUACUGCUGCUGAUAAUUGUCUUAUAUGUAAAAACAAUUUAUAAGUUCCAAAAUGUUCUUGUGAUAGAGUACUCAAUCAAGAUUGGUGUAUAACAUGUCAAGUAGCAAAAGUCAAUAUCUAUUACACUGAUGACCUAAACGAAAUAAUUGUUCAUUUUGGGUAUUUGAUUUCCAUUGAUUUAAUCAAUCCCUUUUAGCCCUCAAAUUGUUCUUUGUGGUUUGAUAAUUCUGAAAUCUUUGGUUAAAAUGCUUAAUGUUAUUUAUCUUGGAAUAGAUAUGCAGUUCAUAUAACCCUUAAGCCAUAUGCAUCUGUUAAUAUUGGAGACAAGUUGAGUUUUAAAAAUUCAUUUUAUAGAGAUGUGGAUCAAGGAAUUUGUGAUGGUUAAUUUAUAGAACAAUUUAUUGAAAACAAAGUUAGAGAACCUAAAAGUUUGUAUAAACCAUACAUUCUAUUUGAUAUUCCUUCUUUCGUUAGUACUUGUAAAACAAUAUAUAUCAAAUAAAUUCUAUUAGAUGGUACUGGAUAAAAAAUCUAAAAUGUUCUAUCUUGGACACUCAAAGAAAUGAAGGAUGAAGAAUAGUAUUUAUAAAUGGAUGCAUUUUUGGAUAAUAAACUAAAUGAAAUUACAAUUCCAAUUAGAACUUUAUAACCAAAUGUGACAUAUACAAUCACAGCUAAAUAUGUUAAUUUCUUGCAAAGAGUAAAUUUCACAACCUUUACAUUCACCACUCUUCCAAUGCAAGCUCCUUAUGUAUUUUUAUCAUAUGAACCUCUAAUAGCAAGAGUUUAUAUAUUUGAUUGUCAUGUCUCGUACUCAGAUAUGAAAAAUGAAUUUAAUGUUGCCAUUGAAAUAACAGAUGGUAAAAACAAAACAUAUAUUUCGUUAACAUAAUAAAUAAAUCCAAUUUAUGAAAUUCCACUAAAUGAAUCUCUACUUCCUAAAGAAACUCCUUUAAGGUUUAUUGCAUCUACAGGAAGUUCAAUUAUAAUAGAAACGAUUAAUCUAAAAGCAAAAUCAAUUGAUAUUAAAUUUUUAUAAAAAGAUAGAUUUAUUGGUUUAGAUAAUCAAAUUAAUGCAAGAGGGUUUGAUAGAAAUAUAUAGGAUGAAGUUUUGAGCACAAAAGGAAUCAAUUAUGAAUGGCAAUGUAAUAACUUAUUUAAUUUAUAACCUUGCAAAACAGAUGAAAACUAAAUUAUGCAAUUUCCUUCUCGAAGAGUUGUCAACAUUUUUGCUGAUAGUUAAAAUACAACUUUAGUAUUCUUUGCAAAAGCAUAUAAAGGGGAUAGAUGGACAGUCAAAGAAUAGCUAAUUGUAAUCACAGAUUUUAAUAUUGAAGAAGAAUUUUAUAUCAAUAAUAAAGAUCCAUAAAAUUAUAUUAAUGCAAAUGAUGAAGUAACGGUCUUAAUAAAAAAAUAAUAAAAGUAUGCCUUUAUUAUCUAAAAACACAAAAUUAUAUAGUCCCUUAAAAUAUCAAGUUUGUCAUUAAAAUUUAGAUUGGCUGGUUUAACUACUGAUUAUAUAAAUCCUAUCUACAUCUAUUUGGUACCAGGUAAUGAAUCAAUUGGUUUCAAACUGAACGAUCCUCCUAAACAAGUUGAUUUCCAGAUAGAGCCAUUGAUUGGAGAAUCUCUAGAGUAUUUUAAUUACACUCUUUAAAAUCUUUAGUCUGGAAAUUAAAUAAGUAUCUAUUAUUAUUUUGAAAAUUCUGUUCUUGAAAAUGAUGUAAAUUCAUAAUCUAUAAUAAAUGGAAUACCAUUAAUCACAGACUCAAAUGAGACUUUUGGAGAAUUUUAGUUGCCAAGUGGAAUCACUAAUAAUUCAAUUUAAGUUCUAUGUGAGAUAUCAUCUUCCUAUGGAUCUAAAUCUUAUUUGAAACAAGAAGUUCAUGUAAUAAGGAAAAAUUAUGAAUUGCAAUAAUUAUACCAAUCGUUCACUAAUAAAACAAAUUUAGAAAAUUUAUAAAGUCUUCAUACAAUGAUUGCACUAAUCUAGUUAGAAGAACAGUAAGUAUGCUUGAAAUAAUGCUCAGGGGUUGGGACAUGUGUAAAUAAGAAAUGUUAAUGUCCUCCUGGUUAUUACUUUGCUGAUUGUAGUGGAAAUUAGGAAUAAUAAAUAAAAUUCAAUGAUUUUAUGACCAAUACAAUUUAAUCUUUGGUAAAAAUACCAAUAAAAUAUAAUGAUGAUAUGAAAUUGUUUAGUCAAUCUCUCUAAUUUUUAACAUAAUUUAGCUCUAAUAAUACAUUAAGUUUAGAAGAUUGCUCCAUUGUUUUACAAUAAUAUAUAAAGAAUACAAAUUCUAGAUUAGAAUAGAUAAAUUAAUAUUCAAUAAAUUUGUAAUAUUAAGCAACCGAUGAUUUUAACUACUCUUAAAUAGAUAUUCGCUCAUUAGUAAAUAAAAACGAUUUACACACAGCUCUUAAAAGCACUGUUUUUAUGUGGGAAAAGACUUUAUUUACUUCAGGAUCAAAUGUUUAUUAAUUAUAAAAUCAUCUCAACAAUUUGAUAAAUAACAUCAUUGAAUUAUCUAUCUUCUCUUUAAGCCCUAAUGAUAAAAUAGACUAUUCAAUAGAUACUGCAAUAAUAACUAUUUAAAAAUCUUAAAGCCUCCCAUAUAACUCGAGUAGAGUGUUAGAAGAAAUCAAUAGUUAGAAAUCAGCAAGUUAUGAUAUCGUUUAUGCACUUUACAUUAGAAACUUUUAUGCUUUUGAUGGUUACUUCCCAUACCCAUAACAAAUUUAUCCAUUAUAUGAUUAUUAAAUCAGAUAGUCAAGUCGAAAAGAAAAUAUAGAGUUAGAUUAGCCAAUCUCAUAUCGAUUCGGAAUUCACAAUGAUACUACUAAUUUAGUUUGUUUAUAAAGAAAUGCUAAGACCUAUGAAUGGUUUGAUUAAAAUUGUACCAUCUCUGAAAUAAAUUCAACUUACUAUUGUAAUUGUACAACUCUCUCUCCUACAACAAUUUGUAAUGACUAUGAUUUUCUUUAUCGAGGUUCUUCAGGAUUCAGGAUAAAUCUUCCAAACAUUUUUUAUAUCAUUUAUAUUGCUUAAUUAAUAACUUUAGGAAUAUUUGUGAGCAAAUCAAAAACAUAAAAUACUGAAUAAUAAUCAGAAAAGACAAAAUUUGGCCAUGUUAUGAAAUUAACUAGAAAAAGUAAGGUGAAUAUUGUUGGCAACAAAGUUUAACAGGUUGAGCAAGAGAAGUAACCUGGAUAAUUAAUAAUAUAGCCAUAAUUAAACAAGUAAGAUUAGAAAAAUGAUAAAUUUCAUUUUAAUCAUUUUUGGAAAUACCAUUGUUUAACAUAGUUGAUAUAUAAAUAGUUAACUUACAUUAGUCCAUUUAUGAGAUCACUUAUAAUACUAUUAAGAUGGAACUCUGCAGUGAUUAUUGGAGAAAUAUUAGGUUUUUUCGAAUUUGAUUUCUAAGUAUCUAUCUGGAUUAUAUUUGCAUCAAUAAUUCUAAUGAGAAUUAGUGAAAAUUUCCUAAAAAAAUAAGUAAAGUAUUUUUUUGUCAUGAAACAAAUUAUUCCGAUGAUAUUAAUCAAAGGUUUUAUAGUAUUGCUCUUGAUGUUCACAAUAUUAUUUGGAAUAUCUCUUUAUUUAAUGAUAGCUAACUAAACAAAUUUGAUACUUUCUUAUUUUAUUGCAAUAUUAAUUGAUAUCCUUCUACUUGAUAUCAUUAUCUUUAGCUCUCAAAGAUUUUUAGGGGAAAAUAAGAAGAAGAACAUAAGAAGAACAAUCAAAGAACUGAAAUAAAUUGCAAAAAUUCAAAAGCAAUUCAAUUGA